CUUUUCUGAAGCCGUGAACCACUUCCCACAUCAGCCCCUCAAUUUCAACAGCAUCACAUCAAAAUGCUGCGUCAGAUAAAACCGCGCAACGCGCGCAGCAAGCGUGCCCUGGACAAAAGAGCCCCCAAAGCCGUCGAGAACCCCAAAACCGCACUCUUCCUCCGCGGCAGCAGCUGCUCGCAAAUCGCCCAGGAUGCGCUCUCCGACCUGUACCAGCUGCGCAUCCCACUGGCCAAGAAAUUCACCAAGAAGAACGAGAUCCACCCGUUCGACGACGCCUCGUCCCUGGAGUUCUUCAGCGAGAAGAACGACGCCUCGCUCCUCGUCUUCGGCUCCACGUCCAAGAAGCGCCCGCAUGCCAUCACCCUCGUGCGCACUUUCGCUUACAAGGUGCUGGAUAUGCUGGAGCUGUAUCUGGAUCCCGAGAGCUUUCGGACGUUGAGCCAAUUCAAGAAUAAAAAGUGUGCCGUGGGAUUGAAACCCCUACUGUUGUUUGCUGGCACCCCCUUUGAGAGCCCCGUUCCGAAUGAAUAUACCCUGGCCAAGAGCUUCUUUACCGAUUUCUUCAAGGGCGAGCCGGCGGAUAAGGUGGAUGUUGAGGGGUUGCAGUAUAUCGUUUCGAUCAGUGCGAGGGAUAGCGUUGAUGGCGAGGAGGCGAAGCCAAAGAUUCAUCUCAGGGUCUAUUUGAUCAAGACUAAGAGGAGUGGUCAGAAGUUACCGAGGGUCGAGGUUGAGGAGAUGGGUCCUAGGAUGGAUUUCAGAGUAGGGAGGGUGAAGGAAGCUGAUGAGAGUGUGAUGAAGGAAGCUUUGAAGAAGGCCAAGACGAACCAGGAGAGGCCGAAGAAGAAUAUCGAGACUGAUAUAAUGGGCGACAAGAUGGGCAGGAUCCAUCUUGGAAAGCAGGACUUGAAGGAAUUGCAGACAAGGAAAAUGAAGGGAUUGAAGAGAAGUAGGGAUGUGCUUGAUUCGGAAGAUGAUGAGGAGAUGUUGGAUGAUGCUGUCAGUGAUGAGGAGUCAGUCAAGAAGCCGCGGAAGUGAUAAGUUUGGCUUACACUAGUCAAAAUACAUGGCAGGGAGUUAGGCGUUGGCUAUGGAAAAGGGGUUUGCUUAUGUACACCGAUUCGAUUCACGUCGAGUGAUUCUUUUCUAGGGAUCUUAUUUGUUCCUGACG